CUGCAGUGCUUUGCUAAUAUCACGCUCUUCAUCAUAUGCACUCCACAAAUGCAUUUAGAUGUUACGAGCCGGAGGAAGCUGUGGAUUCGCCUGAGAGGUAAAGUGUCUGUGUGCAUGCAUGCAUGAUGGGGCAGCAGUUUGAGAGUGUUGGUGUGCAUAUUUGUCCGGGUACUCGUCCUCAUCAAAGUAAGUGGAGCCUUUAAUUACCCAUAGCAGAUGCAUGUUUUAAAUAAAGGACACAUCAUCAAAGCUGCACACUUCACGCACUGCACAAUAGCAGCGCCCUGGAUAGGAGAAUGGAUUAUUGGGACGAAAACAGAGGGGGGGAGAAAUGGAGGGAGAGGGAUCUUCAGCUCAAGCAGGAAUUGAGUAGGUAAAGCAAGCGUGAGGGGGGGGAUGACGACAUGUGCUGCGGUGCAUCUCUCACUUCAUUGCACUUUUUAAGAAUCUUAAAUUGGACUUCCAAGAGAGCAGCAUGUUAUUGAUUACUGCAGCAAACAAAAGCUUCACACCGCGUCACUCCGUCUCAGGCUCUCGACGCGACUUACAAGCACACUGUGGCUGUGACUGUAAAUAAACCCUUUAGAUUGACCUGUCAGUACUGUCAUUAUGUCUCACAUGAGCACAUAUGGAUUUAUUGACACCUGCUUCUUCAGUUUUUUUUUUCUAAAUCACAGUCCCCAAUAUAAAUAAGAACACCCACAUGAUAGCAAACUAAUAACAGAGUGGAGGCUGCCUCAUUGUGCGUUUUGGCUCAUCUAGAGACGGCACACGGUAAUAUGUUCAUUAUUGAUUGAUGUGAAAAUUAUGUUUUAAUUGACCAAUUUUCCUCCAAAUUAAGAAAACAAUCAUGUGACAAACCAGAAAUCCACAGUGACAGCUCUGAAUUGUUUGGUUGAAUGCAUUUAAAACACAGGAAUCACCGAAGGUUUUGUUUCUGCAUGUUUUCUGUGUAAAAGUGGUGCUUUAUUUGUCUCAAGAAGAAAUGGGGUACAGAUUUAGGUGAAAUGACUCCUGAAGCAAUUUGUCCUUAAAUCAUACAGAGGAGAGAUAAACUGAUGAAUCAAGAGGCCGAUUUCACUGCUUGGUGUUGUCGGAGAACAUUUUUCUCAGGGAGCGCCAAAUUAAAUGCCGACCUUUUAGAAAACUUCACAAAAAUACAACAUAUUCGGUUAAAAUUUCCCUCGUGUGUUUGGAUUUGUGUCUGUGAUGUUUUGCUGCAGGUUUCAGAACAGAAAAUAAUGGUUUAGCGGCACCGGCUGCUUCACUUCGCUGCUUGUUAAUGUCACUAUGUUUAGUUGUUUGUUUUACUUUCAUACUGAGAUGUCUGAUUAUUGUCUCCAGAUUCAUUAUUUCUACACAAACAAUCUGAAAGAGCCGCAGCUUGUAUUUGGUUCACACAAGGCAGUUCACACAGAAUGGAAAAAACAAGCUUCCUCGUCUUUUUUUUAAAUCUAAGUUUGCAGUAGGUUUAAAAAGCCAGUUUUUUCCUUUUCUUCUCAAAAGCAUAAAAAAAACAACUGACUGCCAAAAAAUAACCUUGAAUAGAAAAUAACAGCACAAAAAAAACUCAGCGUGGUCCACCUGCUGCUCACUUUCCAAACCUCACAGUGGGCAGGUGUUGGCUUGAAGUGAGUUGAAACAAAGGUAAAGCACUUUCAGGAGACUUCACACACGGACGGGAGCAAAUGUGUCACUUUUUAUUAUGCAUGCAGCUCGAGGAAAGUUCCCGAGGCCAAGGCGUUUACAAAGAAGAUUUGUUAUUUCAUACUGUGUUAGAAGACCUGGAGAAGUUACUUUGUGUAGGCAAGCGUUCAUAAUGCAAAGAAGAAGAAUUGAAUUUCAAAACAGACUGAGUUUUAUUACCGCAGUAAUCUUGAAGAGCGGCUGAACAGCUGCAUCAUGAGGGAAAUUAGAGGCGUCUUACAUUGACUCUAGUCAGGCAGCGAAUCAAUUUGAAUUAAAUUUAGACGCUUUAACUGUGAAUUGAGAGCGACCACAUUUCUGUGUUAAUUUGACCGCUUGCAAACAAAACCUUGGGAGGCAAAGAAAUGGCUCGGAAAAUCCAAUUGUUGACCAUGACGCCUAACUCAAUUCCACCGUAUCUUCCACAGGCAGGAAGUGAGGAAACAAACAACCUCAAUUCAAUAACAGUUGAGAUGCUGUGUAAAAUGUUGACAAAACAGAAAAGUUAAUAUUUUAUAUUUAACUCUCUUUACACCAUUUUCAAUCACCUAUAGAGUUUGAAUGAUUUUCAAACCACCAAAACCUGUUUUUAUGUCCAACUCUGACUCUAGAUUUGUGGUUUUCUGAAACUGAGGAGCCUCAGUUGGCACUUCUGCGCAGUGGAUGUUUCAUAUCUAAUAAAUGCUGAUGUGGAUGAACCAUUUUAUUGAUGGUUUCGUCAGGGUUAGAGUGGAUAUGAGAGCAAGGCAAAAACUCCACCAGUGCUGAUGACCAAAGUUUAUCAUCCAUUCUGACACACAGCCAUUCAGCUCUGAGACAAAUCUUCAAACCCAUCACCAACACAGCCUGUGAGAGGACUGGAAGUACUCCUUUCUGGAUGUCAUUACUCUAAAAAUAAAACUCUGUCCAAAGAGAUAAUAAACUGUAUGACAGAGCCUACUCACACAAUGACCAUCUAUUUUCUGACCUUGGGUACACUCAGAAAGCCAUCACCUAAGAGCAAAGUGCCCAAGCAUUUGAACUUCCAUCGACCACAUCCAACAGUAAAAUAUCAUCCUCAUGGACCGAUACCCAUCACUUUUAUCUCAGCCAAGUAAAGGAACAAAGUUUAAAGACUACAAAGAGACUCAUCCAGACUAGAUUACUGCGACAGCAUCCCAUACCGGUCAUCAUCUAAAGUCCUCAAUAAACUCCAAUACAUUCAGAACUCCUGUCCCCCAAAAACUGCUCCGGCUCCCCAUCUUACACCGUAUACAAUUCAAAAUCCUCCUUCUCACCCACAAAUCACUGAACAACAACAUGGCCCCCACCUAUCUCACGUUUUAUAAAUAAAAUUUAUUACUACUAUAAUUACAAAGUCUAAGAAAGCAAGUGAGACAGGUCUCAAGUUUGGGUGUAUUGGAUUUAUUUCCUGCAACAACUGGCAUAUACACUUGUAAAUGAUCAGUUUAUGAAUCUGGUGCCAGGUGCCGUGAAAACAACAGCGGGCCGAGGAAGGAGCCCUGAGGGACCCCAAGCUGAACAGCACAGAACUCUGAGAGUAAGUUGUUUCAUACAGCGGUCCUCUGCGAGUCCACGGCCGACAGCAGAUCUCUAGACUCAGUAUGUCAGUAUGGAAACAUUCAUUUCAUCACCAAACUACUUAUACAAAGAAAUAGUUUAAAAAUGAUAAUAGUUUUUGUAACUUUAUUCAAUUUUUAUAGUCUUUUACUUUCUUCAGGGUGUUAAACUGGAGGGUUGAGGUAUUUUAAAACGAGGGGAAAGACAUCAAGGUCUGAUACUCCACUGUUUACUACACUGAGCAGCACAUCAGAUUAGGGCUGUCAAAAUUGCUCUAAAAUGACAUUCGAAUAUUCGUUCUAAAAAUAACACAUAGGUUCGAAUAUAUUCGAAUAUCUAGCUUACACAGCUUGCAUAACUUUAUCUCGCUCUGCAUUUUUGCUGUCUACCAUGUCUGCCCAAAAUCUAAAGAAUUUCCAAACAGAGCCUCUAAAGUUCGUUGGAAUCCAUACCACUCUCUCCGAGUUUGGCUCCAAACAUCCCGCCAUCUCUCUCUGCACAGUUUUUGUUGAGUCUGACUGCAGGUGCAGCUCCUGUGACCCGUCCCUGACCCGUCAUUGCUCACUCACAAAGCAGCCGCUGUUUUUUUUUCUUUUUCUGUUUUUUCCUGCUCAGUUUUUUCCCGCUGAAUAUUAAUUUUCACAUUCAAAUCUUGUUUUUUUUUUACAUAUUUGAAUAUAUUUAAAUUUAGAAUAUUCGUUGAAAACCCUACAUCAGAUACUCUGCUAAAUCGAGUCCACCCUGUAAAACGUGUGAUCUUUCUCCCCAGGGGUCUUGUAGUUCCUUUUUCUCCUUCACUCUGAUCCCCUGCAGCUCAAACAAACAUCCUUUCAAAUCAUCAUCGGUCUGUAAAACAUGGAGACACUUUCAGUCUUGCUAUGUCAUGAUAUUGAUAAGCUCAGUCUAGACCUGCCCACUCUUUCUAUAAGGAGUCUUGAGUAAACAUUUAUCAAGAGUAAAGACUGAAUGAUUGUUUGGUAGCGACUGAUGAGAGUGGCUAAAGAUAACGAUGGCCGAGAGCACCCUUAUUUAAUUAGAAGUGAUACUUGGACAGCUAAUAGGAUUCACACACGCCCCUACAUAUGAACUGUAUGCAUGAAACAGUUCAGUAACCUCAAAUAACCCUGCAGAGAGGCAGCCUGGUGGGCGAGUGCUUCGUCUCUAAGUCAAACACAAUCACUGCAGGAGCCAAAAAAGUGUGAGGAAAUUCCCCAAAUGAUAGGACAAUGUCUUACGUGAUAUAGGACCGUACUGUGCUACUCCAAUUAAUAUGGACUUUUCAUUACCCGGCUGAGACCUCUACGUUUCAUUAUUCAGUGGACAGCUUUUGUGGAGCGUUGACAGAAGACCUUGAUGUCUCAAAAGCUCCCCCCCGUAAUGAGGCAGAUAAUUAGAGAGCUUCUGGAGCCGGCUGGGCUGAAUUUGUGAACACAGCAGGCAUCAGCUGCUCAAGGUUACAAUGUUCUCUGUAACAAGUGGGCAUCACCGCUGUGAGGGGUGUAUUUUUGGACACUUCAAUCAGCGUGAGUGCUGUGCCCAGAUUGCGCUAUGACGAGGUACAGACAUGGCUUAAAAGAACAAAUUAAUCAGAUGUGGAAUCACAGACUGAACACAUGCUCUGCAGGCUGUCACCCUGUGGGAAUGACCCUUUAACAAGACGCCCAGUCCCGUCCAGCUGUUUCUGCGGCCUCAUUUUCAAUCACUGCAAUAAAAUCACGUCUUCUCUCGGCUUCGUUUCAUCUCUUACCGUUUAUGGGAGAUACUCUGCUUCCUCUUGUGGCAGUCCAUCACCCAUUCCUUCCGUACGAUGAUGCCCCCUGCUGAUUUCACCUGGCUGUACUUGGGGGUGUUGGCGAAGGCACAGCUGGAGAUUAAUGGGUACAGAGAGACGUGCACGCGCGCGCACAAACACACACGGUUACAUCACUAGAUAGAGCCUGACAGGAGCAAUAGUCUGCUUUAACGGCAGAGAUCACAAAGCAAUCAAACUGAAUUACUGGGAGAGCUAACAGCGCCGUUACACAAUCCUGUCAUCAGUUUCAGUGAUAAAAACAUCUGACACAUGUCAAAGUCUCUCAUGAACUAUGAAGAUUUACUGGAUUAGCUUUGGUCCGUAUCACAAAGAGGUCGCACAAAUGUUUUACAUGGAGGUAAUGCUGCGCAAAUAAUCAGAUUUUAGUUGUACUGUGUGCAGAAAUGAAAUACGUGAGAGAGGUUUUAAUGUUUUCCUCAGAUGGAGAUGAUUUUCCCUGAAGAAACCUGUCAAAGCUCAUUUUUUCCCCACUCUGCUUAAGUUUUAAUCUCUUUAUAACUUCAUCACCAGCGGUCCUCAGUUUCAGUGUGUACUGAUUGUUUAUCUUCUCUCUCGAGCUCCUCGGUUACCUCUUUUCUUUGUUUUUAAGAAGCCUUCUCUGAGCCGUCCUCGUCGGCAGAGGGUUUCAUUGUUUAUUGUAGAGAACAGCAGCCAUCCUACAGGCAACAACUUUAAGAUGUGACGGGAGGAUUUAAGUGUGAUUUUAUCGGAGAAGUUGUCUUAAAUAAAAUUUGACUUUAAGUUCACUGAAAUGAAGGAUUGUUCCGAGCAGCAGUGACUGCAGAAGGACUAUUAAGUGGAAAACUUGAAAAAAACUCUUUCAAAAUCUCCAUCACCGUCUCAUCAAGCUGUGUAGUGUGCAGAAACUCUCUGUUCUUUCACACUUACAUGAGGUGUGUUGAGUCUGGUGUCCAGUCGGGUCUGUAUUUGGCCCCCAUCUCCAGAGCCUUCUCCCUCAGCUCCCCUCUAAAGGGGUUUUGGAAGCCGCUGAGGACAAACACCACGCCCUCCAUGAGCCGCUUGAACGGGACCUGUUGCGCGCUCUGGGAUUUCGCUUUCUGUUGUUUGGGUUUAGGUUCAGGUUUGGACUGGCUCGCCUGUUUCCUCUCUGUGGACUUCUGUGCUGGAGAAGCUGAGGAGGAGAUCGUGAAAGUCAAAGUUUUUUUCAAAGGUAGAGAAGAUUUCUAUAUCCUCAGAUUUGGACUAAAGUUACCUUUCGCCGUGCCGGGGCUGGAUGAGCUGGCCGGGCUCGGCUUUUGUUUGGGGGUUGCGGCUUUGCCCUCAGGUGUGCCGGCUGGGCUUAACUUCUUUGAGGGUGGAGGAGCUGGGGCAGACUGACGCUCUUGGCUGAACUCAAAUUUUCUUUUUGUGGGAGGCUGUAAGUGGACAACGAACAGAAAACAAAAACAAGAUUUAACAACUUGUAAAAAGUAACAUGCACCUGAAAAAAACAGUGCUUUAGAGAAAUAUUUGAUAGAAGAUGAGAUCUGAGGGAAAAGACAUCAAUACGAAGGUGGAGUCAAGUGUCUGGCCCUUGGACAUCGCUGCAUGAGGACAGAGGGACUUAAGAUCGAACUCUCGAUCUUCUGAUUGGGAGUCAACCGAGUCCAUCGCUAAGUCGCAACCACCUCUUUUUAGUAUCAUGUGAAAAUCUAGCAAUAAUGUUGAAGAAUUGACAGGACCGGGUUACAAUCAGUCACUAGAAGUCUAACCCCCAAUUUCGACUGCAUCUGGAACGGCUAUGAAAAGGCCGUAUCUACCGAUCACAGGUGAUAGUUUCCAUUCAAGUUAAUGUGUCAAUUUCCACCAGCUUCUUUCCGUUCCUCUGUGGAUCGCCGGACUCCACAGCUGAUCACCAGAGUUCUAUUUUUUCGGGAUGCCGGAGCAGGGUGGAUAAAUUCAGCACAGAUUAACUCGUUUCACACCAUACAAACAGGCGGAGAUGAGCAAGUGAAAGGUUUAUAGACGUCAUUUCACCCUGUUGACACCAUGGAUGAGGAGAUGCUGAUUCUAGAAGUCUAGAAGUAGAUUUAAUCCUCUGGAAGGACACAAUCUACUGUUAAUAUGUCUAUGUAUAGAGACAACUCGUUAUCGUGCGAUUAAACGUGAAUACACAGGUUCUUGUGAGUUCUUGCGAUUCCCGCUGUCAGUAUUCCACCACGAAAUUUGCCUCACAAACACAUCCGGUAGGAAUUGGCAGACUGCGAAAAUUGCCGCCGGAGUAAAAAACAAUCGUUCUCAUCCUAUAACAAACUUUCUCACCUCUGUGUCAUCUUUUCUCGGAAACUUUCCCGGGGUGUAACUUAAGACAAGAAAAGACUACUCAUUAAAGGAGCGAACAGCUGCUUGAUGGCUGUCCUUCAUUGAUUAAAGUGACGGUGGUGUUUAGUACCUGUGGCGAGGCAGAGCUGGAGGAGGAAGUUGGUCCUGAUGAGUGGGAGCUGCCACCGGCUUGCAGGGCAGCAGCAGCGUAAGUCAGCUUCUGACUCGGAGGAGAUACUGAGGAGAGGAAAACGUCGGUGAGGGAACAAAGUAGCUCCAGAAUAAAGAAAUCCUUUUUUCCCCCCAUCAUGCCUCCUGGCACUCUUAAACGAAGCUUAAUUAGUGUUGAUGUGAUUAGCUCUUUAUUAGCAGGACCACAAAGGAUUUCAAUUGGCUCUAGCAGCUGUUCAAUCUGAAUGGACGGAUUAACCUUUAGGUGAAGGACUGGACUUUGCCGCAUUGUCCCGACUGAAGAAGAGGCUGCCGGGCUGAAGGCUCGGCCCGGUUGAAGGAGACUCAUCCUUCACCCUGAACUGUCCCAGCUUUGUCAGUUUCUGAAGUGGGAGAAGAAAAGAGACGGUAAGCGCCAAAAGACAAGAUAAAGGGAGCACACAAAGUUUGAACUGACAAAUGAUUCAAGUUGUAGAUUAUUGAAGUUCAUAGGAUGGAUGAACACAUCACAAUGAGACUCUGACUCUGCUGAACGUGAGAAUACUUCAUAUGUUAAUGUCAGGGAGAAGCAGUGACGAUAAGAGACGCAGCAUUUCAUCUUAGAGUCUCGUGCACACAAAGACAAACUGGCUGUCAUGAUAUCCCAGCAGAGUGAAGGUUUGAGUUAUACAGCAGAAGUAAUGGACACUUUUUAAACACAAAACCUAGAUUAACUCCAUCAGUUUGGAAUCGAGUCGUUUUUUAUCUGAAUGAAAAGAAGAUUCAGCCAAAUGAGGUGAGGUUAGGGCUGGGUGAGAAACUGUAAAUUUUACAUAAUUUACGACGAUAACCGACAUAAUUUUGCCCGUAUUGGUAUAUUCAGUGUCAAAAAAAUAAAUAAAUCAAAGUUUGUUUUGGAUGUAGGUAUGCUAUGGUCUCAUGUCCCUUCAAGACGCUGUCCUACAUCAGAGACGUGACUCCACCCCAUCCAGUACUUAACAAAGAGGAAAAGACAGAUGAGGAGAUGGAGGACGGUUCAAAAGUUGUAGCGGCCGAAGUAGACAGAGUUAAUGUGAGAGGGGGUGAGCAGCUUGUGGAGUAGUUAUCGUCUAUUUAUCAUUGUCGAGGUGAACUGCUCAAUAUAUCAUAAUAUCAAUUUGAGGCCAUAUCGUCCAGCCCUAGAUGAGGUAUAAUAAGCCAAACCUACUGCAAAAUGAUUCUGUGAAAACAGGAAAUAAUGAAACACCUAUUCAAGGGCUACGUCAGGAUCAUGCUGACAGCUUCUAAGUUCCUGCUUCAGAAAGUUGGAGACCUUUUCACAGACAUCAACAGCUGCUAAAUUUACCCCCCUCCAAAAACUGCAGCCUGGGUGUCACCUUUAACUCCACCACCUCCUUCCAGUCAUGCAUGAAAUCCAUUCUCAAAUCUCCAUCAGAAUCCCUCACCUCCUGCUGGACUACUACCAUGGAGUCUUAUCCAGGACACCAACAAAAUCCUGAAGAGUCUCAAUCAUGAGCAGAAUUCAGCUGCCAGGGUUGUGCCUCGCACCAAGCCCUGGCGUCACCACCACCAACUUCAUCCAUCUCAAGUUCCAUGUGGACACCAAAAUCCUCCUCCUUUACCUACAGACCUCUUCACAGUCUUGAACUCCAGUUUUAAUUUCAUUAGUUAAAAUUUUAACUCUAAAUUCUCGUUAACAAUCAUAGUCUAUAUGCUGAGAACUGAGGCUAAAAUCCUGAAUAAUAUCACUGACUGUCUCUUUAACGUCACCAUACUUUGUAAAGCAUCUAUUAAGCUCUUCAGAAUUAUUCUCAAAGAUAGUACGAGUGAACAAUCAGUCCUCAAUCAUAACCAACAAGACUCAGGAGGUCUUAAGGAUACAAGGAUACAAGGUAGCUUUAUUGUAACACCUGGGUUUGCCAGGCUCAAAAUUACGUUUGUUCCAUUACAUCACAUUAAGUGCAGGGAGUUAAAAGAUUACAAUACAGUGCAUUCAGUCGUCCCUUAAAAACAGUCCAGUCCUGUAGUCUAUAACAGAACUAAAAAUGAAUAAAACAGAUAAGAACUAAAAGCUGACAGAAGUUAAAGUCUUAAGUGGCAUCCUUGGGCUUUUGGGAACAACACUUACCGGCGAGGAUGUUGGAGGAUCAUUUUUGUCAGGCGGUGAAUGAAACUUCACAAAGGCCAGUCCAUACGCUAUGUUCUGAAAAACACACACAGUCAUUUCAGAUUUUAUAUCGGCGGUAGUUUUGCAGUAAUUCUUUGUGUAUCUACUAUCUUUACACCAGUCCUGAAACUAUGAUGCUAUCUAACUUCUGUUGAGUGUGUGUAAAGUUCGAUUAAACUGCUAUAAGGUCAAUAUUUCACUUUAAAGUGAACUGUCUGGACCUUUACCUUGCUGUAUGGCUGACUACACACAAUCUUCACACGGUCCCACUUCUCCUGUGCUGUGCUCUUCUGCAGCUGGGCAGGUCCGAAGAAGCGAACCCGGUUCAAGUUGGUGCCGUUACGGCUCUCUGUUGGGGACAUGAAGGAAGACAUAACCAAGAGAACCUAAAAAGAGAAAGACGAAGAGUAAGUGAAAAAAGCAACGAGGCAUGGCUUGUACUUGAACAAUGAGGUGGUAUAUUGUGGAUAUCUGGAUACCUCGUAGUCUUGGUCCCUGACUGCUGAGGAAUUUCCCACCAACACCUCGAUGAAUGCUGAACCCUCAUUUCCGAUGUCAAUGCUGUGGACCUGGUCCUCCUUCUCAAACUGAGGGGGAAAGAGGAAAGAUCAAAAGUAAAAAAAAGAGAAGCUGAAAACAGAUUAAACCAAAGUUUGAACGCAUUUAUGGAUCAGAAAACUACAUAGUAAAAACACAAUCAUAUAAGCCAAGAUGACCUUUUUUACGACAGAGUAUUAGGGCCACAUUAAGAAAAAAAAUGUAAGACUUGGAGAUUAAAGUCGUUAACUUACAAGAAUAAAGUCGUAGUAAAGUAAUCACUUACGAGAGUAAAGUCAGAAUAAAGUAUCUUCUUGUUUCUCAAACAAGAAGAUACUUAAUCUUUUGGCACAUCAGCACCACAUUAUCAUAAGUAUAGAAGUAGUAGUAAUUGAUUACAACUUUAUUCUUGUAAGUAAUGAUUUUACUACGACUUCAUUCUCACUCGUAAUGACUUAUUCUAGUAAAUUAAUGAAUUUAAUCUCCAAGUCUUAAUUUUCUCCAAGUCUUAAUUUUUUUUUCUUAAUGAGGCCCAAAUACUCCAUCAUACUUUUUCUCUCUGCACACAUUUUAAUUACUAAUAAUUCAUUUUUUUUUGUUUGUUUGAUUAUUUUUUCAGUAUAAUAGGACAUUUUCUGAGAGGCAUGUUUUUGAAACAAGGAUGUUCAAGAGAUACAGUGGGAAAAUCCUGGAUUAAAAGCUUCGAAAUUCUUGUCAUUGAAAACCCAGAUAUAUUCACUGUGUGGAAAUCUUCUCCCUGUUCAAAGAGCACUUGACAAAAAAAACAGAUAUUCCUAAUGAUGUUUAGCAUUUAUUGCAUCUCAGUAUGAAAAUCCCUGUACAAAUUGACUUUAUACCAGUGUGCUACCCACGAGUCAAGUUCGUUUGUACAUUAGAGAGUCAACCAGCUCAUCUGUUUCCUGCAGGCAGGGGAGCACAAAGGUAUUAUGUCCAAAAAUAGAACUGAAACAAACUGACUUUCCCCGACUACAAAGUCCUGAAAUUUCUCUAAAUGGAGUGUGCAUCCACACCAACAUUAGUAUUUGGGUCAGACGUUGUUGAAACGAGUUAACUUACCUGGUAAAAUUGACUCUUUUUAUACACCACCUAAUUUCUGAGCUGAUUCUCCAACCAGUUUCUCUGCAGAGCAGCCAAGCUGACUGCGAUCCCUUUACUACUGACCAGUAGGGCCUCAUAUGACCUUAUGUAGGGACGGCUCUGACAUGACGUUCAUUUAACCUUUCUGAGAAGCACCUUGAGCAGUACUUGUUUGAUUCAGCGCUGUAUAAAUAAAUUCAAUGUGGGUUUGAAUUCAAGGUUAAAGAGCAUGGACAAGUCACUCUGCAAACGGUAGAGUACACCCACUGUUUCUUUAGCAUAUCCUUGAAAUCUUGCAAAGGAGGUGAAGAGACAAACUGCGUAGGUUUAGGUUAUGUUCUUGUCUCUCAGUUAAAUGCUAUGCAAGAGCUGCAUUUUGAAUAACCCGGAGACCAGCAAUCAACUUCAAACUGCAACUGUUUGCAAAAUACAUUUAUGUUUCAGAAACUUUAAGAGGCCAAUGGUUUUGUUAAUUUGAAAUUCAGAGCAAGAGAACAAACACAAUAUACAUCCCACAAGAGCACAAAGGAGAAGUAUGUUGGAGUCAGCGAUUGUACAUCGUACAAAUAUUGUUAAAAACAUCAGAAGUAAAAGUCUAAAAAGAAAAGCAGAUCUACACCAAUCAGCCAUGACCACCUGAAAUAAUCCUGACCUAAUGUGACACGGACUCCACGCAACCACUGAAGGUUAUUACACCCAAAAGCAUCCCCUUAGAUGGAUAAAUGUACAUAAAACUGGGUCAAAAUUCAUGAUUAGUUUUACUGAUCAAAUAACAGAAGGUUAUGCAGGAUAUUAUCCACAAUAUCUCAUGCCUCCUCUGUCUGUGCACUUAAAUACUAGUAUUCUAUAUGUUAAAUAACAACCUACUUUUCCAGUGUAAACAAAAUUGUCAGGCCCUGCCUGCCUAAUACCCUAGAAAGUACUACCCACGGAGGACGGGCUUUUAAAAGGGUAGAUCAUUUACCCUGGAACUAAACUGAGACCCUCUGUGGAUCCCUUGUGGCAGGUGUUAGCCACUUAAAGGGAUACUCCGGAAUAUCCCUUUAAGACCUGAAACACUUCUCACAGAUCAUCAGGCACUCACAGUUUGGUCUUUGUCAAAGUUUUCCUGCCUGCAUUAACAUGGACUUAUAUCAACUCUAAGGUUUGCUUACAGCCUCACAUAUCCCACUCACAUAGGUGAUAUUAUGAAGACAGAGCCAGUAAUAACAACCUCACCUGUCAGGGUCAUAAUGUCAUGGGUGGUCAGAAUUAUUCCAUGAUUUCCCUUCCUGCUGGGAUUAAAUAUCUGUAAACAGGACACAUGGCUUUAGAGUAAACACACCUGCAGGAUGACUGAGGUCUGCUUCUCCCCGGGUCUGGCUGCUUUCCACUUUCUGUAGGUGUCAGAGCUCAGCAGGUUGUCUGCUUUGUGAGUCUGCGAGGAGGAAAAGACUCAUAUUAGGGGAAAUGAUGUUGUGAGACAGGAGGCUUUCACUUUAAAACUGUGUGACACGUAACACUGUAGUUCCGACAGAGACGUACCGGGUCCUCGGUGCUGCAGGACACGACGUGCUUCAGUUUGAUUUCUGGCAUGUUGUUGAUUCUCGACGGCUGGAAUAACUCAGAGUAAAAGAAAACACACCAAACAGGUUCUCUGAUUUCUACCUAACGCAAACAAACCCGGUAAAUGUCACGAUAACUGUGAGCUAAACCGUGUGCAUGCUAGCAAACAAUAGGCAGAGUCAACUUUUACCGGUUUAUCUGCUGGUUUCUGCGAAUUUUAAAAGCACUCACGAAUAAAACUGUAAAACCUUUAAGUGCGCGAGCGACACCGUCUUACUCUCCAGUGCGGUAAAUAUCAGAAAACACGUUUUAGUGUCAUAAAUGUUGCGAUUAUUGUGAGUGGAGGCGAACUCAUUUUCCCACCAAAAGCGUGAUAUGUGCCGCACCGUGACAUCAUUUCCGGUUGACAGCGUUUCCAACCAAUGGGAGUUCGCCUUUCUUAUUCUACUGCUGCUGUUCGAACUGCGUCAGACUGUGUUUAUCGCCACCUAUGGCUGUCACAACAUUAUGAACACGUGGGCAAUCCAACACGACUACUCACAACUUCUAUAGGGGAGACUGGGGUAAAUUGAGACACCCUCUUUUGCUUGGAAACGGUAAAAGAAAUUGAUCAUGUGACCAAAUUUUAAGAAGAUGGGCUCAAUUCAUGGAGUCUGAAGGUUAUAAGCACAUGGGUGAAGGGGUUAGACAUUUAUUUAAAAAAAAAAAAAAAACAUUUUUCACUCUUGAAAGUGAAUUUAGUCUGUCAUAAGUUUUAGUAGAAUUGUGUUCAGACCAAAAAAGAUCAUUUUAAAUUCAUUUUAUACAUAAUUUGUGGUAUAUAUGAGCUACAACAUGAGGUCAAAAAUCUAACAUAAAAGUCCACCAUCUUAGCUUUGAGGACUGAUAAAGUCAGAAUAGUAGUUCAGGCUGAGCCGGCCCAAGGCAUAAGCGAACUAAGCGCCUGCUUAGGGCCCUGCGGCCAAUAGGGGGCCCCCCAAGAGCAAAAAAAAAAAAACAUAUAGUAGUAGGUAGUAGGGAUACGGCUCAACGUACCCUGCUCCUAUAGUCAACUUACCCCAUACACGGGGUAAGUUGACCACAGGAGACCACUUUUUUUGGCAUGCUAUAUUAUCAAGACUGUUAUGUUUACACUUGUUCUGUUGGUUUGCAGGGAUGAACAACAUCUCGAAAUACAUGCAGAUACACGAGUUAGAGACAAAACUAUGAUUGUCUAGAUGUAGUGAUCUGAAAUAUGAAAAAUGGCUCAUCUUACCCCACUCUCCCCUACCAGGAAAUGUAUUUAUUCUCAGCUUUUAUUGACAUGCUACUCUUAAUAUUUGUAAAGAUGAACUUGGCGGUCGUGGUGUACCAAAUAUGAAGGGCCAAACAUUAGAAACACCUUCGUUUUCGUAACCUGUAAACUAUAAUCAUCAAGAUUAAAUUUUUUUAAAAGUCUUGAAAUAUUUACUUUUGUCCAAUGAAUUCAGAAUAUUUGGAAGUUUAAAUUUUAAAAUUAAAUUAUGGAAUAAAAAAAAAAAAACAUAUCCAGAACAUUCUAACCCUUUGCACUGCACCUACAAAGCACUUGAGCACACCAACGACGAAUGUAAACACCUGUUUGACUGUCCACAAAUGCAGAAGCUUUGUUAAAGUAAAAUGCUGUUGUAUUGGAUUGCAUUAGAUUGCCCAGGUGUUCAUUAUGUUGUAUAUUUUCUGUUAUAUGACCAACAAAACACCAAGCUUUGUACUGCAUAAGCCUCUCUUGGCUUUUAUCAAAGGCACUUUAUCAGCUCAAUAUCUCCGAUUCCUAACCUUGCGGCUCCUGUUGAAAUAAACACUUGAUGUUGAGGAGGCAGAGUGUGUAAAAACAGAAAUAUUUAGAAGUACCUGACUGUCAGAUUCAAGAUCAAACGGCCCUUUCGCUCACCUCUCCUGUUGAGGAAGCUUCAAAAGGUAUAGUGGCCUUGACGGCAGGAGGCUGCUGUGAUCCACAGUUUGUUAGGUCUUCUGUAAAAACUUCAAUCAAUAUAUAUAUAUAUAUAUAUAUAUAUAUUUUUUUUUUUUUUUCCACACACAAAACCUCUCUCUUCUCCCUCUUUGUCUUUAAGCCAGUGCAUUACAGACUCACAUGGAAGGCGACCUGCUCCUUGUGCAGAUUUUAAAGGCUUGUUUUAAGCUAAAAAUUAGGUUAAGGUUAUUAUAAAUAUGAAAAAUGACACGACAGAGUUUUUUAGAAGGACAGGACUGUGGGUAGAAUUUCAUUUAUUUCCUUAUUAAAAUUUAAAAAAAAUUGAUCAUUCUGAGUUGGUGUUUUAAAAUAAGCUUGUGGCCCUCUGAAUGGAGAACAAACAUUUGGAUGGAGUUGCACAGUCCUGUAAUUCUUACUUGGAUGCUUCCUGUUUGUCAAUGUCAUGUCUGAUAUGACAAGUCAGUUACACAUAUGUGACACACUUCCUUCCUUGUACAUGGCAUGAACAUGGCAAACUGCAUUACAACUCACAGUUAAAGGAUUUGAUUGUGUCACACGAGAUACAGGUAUAGUUACAAAUGCAUAGCUGAGGCUGACAGGUAAGACUUCUCUUAUGCCGAUGCUUGUGCGUGCAACGUGACAAAAUAGUCAUUAUUCAUCUUUUAAAUACUGCUGAUCAAAUAGAGAGCACAAAGGUAGAUCACAGGACAACACUACCAAGGAACAGAAAGAAACACCUCAACAUGGAGAUGAUGAAUGAGACAGAGCACCACCUCCCAUUCCCACGGUGUGUGGUUGUGAAAGCAUAUAUACACAGAUGAGGAAUAUUUACAAUAACUGGAAGUUACAUCGACGCUCAGAGGAUCUCCAAGUAGAUGGCCGUCUCUGCAUCAGCCGCAGCUGCACCCUGAACCUCUCUUGUAUCUCUGACUCCCAAACCUGCUCGUCUUUCUAUUCCUCCACCUUCUCCCCCUCUUCUUCUCUCUCCACCUCUCCUGGCGAUUGGACGCAUCUGAGAAAAAAAGAAUAAUUUCAGCUUCUAAUUCUUUUUCCAUGUGAUGCCCCACACUCAAACAUCAACGUCAUGAAAUACCUGUUUUGUAUGGACAAAGAGAGGUGUGCAAUUCUGGUAUACAAGCUGGUAGCUUCCAUUGGUGUAGAUAUGAGUAACUUCUGUGCAGUUAAUAUAGAGGGGCAUCCGGUCUUGAUAAAUCCCUCCAGGGUACACUGCUGGGCGUCUACUCAGGACCCGUCUGAGAAGAAUAAAGCAGGUUCAUAAAACAUCAUAAUGAGCAAGUGUGCCAAGUUUUAGUCGACUUUUGAGACGCUGAUUUGAAGCACUUACUUUCCCGCUCUCCUCCUGCAGCAGCACAGACACAGAGACAGGAGAAUUACGGCAAGACAGACGGCCACAGCAGGAAUCACCACCAACAACAAAAAAGGAAUGGUUUCUGUAUGUGGACAAAAAGAGCACAGAUUGAUCAGCUUUAAGUGUAAAACAGUGAAUGAUUGCUAUGUCUGCUUGCUAUGUAUAGAAAGAAGAGUUUUUGGUUCAACUAGUCGCUCAAACCUGACCUCAAUCAUGUAUUUAUGUACAAAGCAGUGCAUUGUUAGCAGAUUCUAAAAAUGGACCUCAUCCCUCCUUAAACUCAUUAUUUUCUGCUUUUUUUCUGCACUGAUGUUUCAAAGGAGGUUGCUGAUUUUUACACACCUUGUCCUCCCUGCAGCAGCAUCAGCGAGUCAUUCCCUAGUGCGUUGAAAGCGAAGCAGAUCACUGCCUGAGGUCUGUCCAUGCGCCCCCUCAGUGUAGCUGUUAGCACCUCAGCCUCCAGUGUCACUGACACGUUAUAAUCCUGAGGAGGGACGGUUCCGUUCACACUCCAGGUGAUGGCAGCUUUUGGGUUGGAGUCGACUGAACAACUACACACCACCUCCAAGUCCUCAACAACACAAGUGGAGAUGAGCCGGAGGAUGACUGGUUUAUCUGCAGAAGAAAAAGGAGAGAGAAGAUUUUAUAUUCCAUUUCUACUCCAUCUGAUUUCUCACUUUUCAGCCUGGUGUUUGUUUCUCAUCAUCUAAAUAACACUUUGUUGUCAGACAUGUGCAUGGCCUUCAGGAAGUUGGGUUAUUACAUUGUAUGUUUAGAGCCGUGGGCCGAGAAUCUCCUCGACCGAUCAGGUUCUUUGCAGAGCAACGGAUUUUCAUGUCCCGGGUCACAUUGAACACCCGUACUGUGUGUGUACGCUGAUGGAGGUGCACUGUGAGGCCAUGUUGGGUGUAGGACCAGCGGUACUCUGAGGCGGGAGGGUCAGCUUUGCACGAGCAGACCAACAAAGCGCUGCCCCCCUCAUGAACCAUCAGAGUCUGGACCUGAAUCACGACAUCUUUUGGAGAGACUGUAGAGAAAACAGAAUAAGACUUUAGGGUCAGACUGCACCAAAAUACACAAAUAUACAAGUCAAAGCAAUGCUCACAUGUCACAUGGAGUUCCCUUGAAGUAGCCAGUGUUUGUGCUCCAGGAUAGCUGACCUCACAUCUGAGCUUUGGUUUCACCUGGUGGGACACCGUGAGGGACAGAGAGGCCAGCAACACCAGCCUGUCGGGCUCUGGGUGCAGGUAGUGCAUCUGUACCUCCCCAGGAUCAGUGCUGUUCAGCUGAGCUCCUCUCUCCCACCUCCACUGCAGCACAGGAGGUCUGGAGGGGCAGUGGUAGCCGAUGGAACAGUUCAGGGUGACCCUCUGUCCCUCUGUGGCUGAUAACACGCCGCUGAUGACCGGAGCCUCAGGAGUCUCUGUCAGUGAAGAAAACCUGCAUCUUUACUGACUUCUAAUAAAACUGUGUGGAUUUCUAAAGACGAACACCACAUCGACAGGAGCUCAGGGGUGUAUCUGAUCACUAUAUUCACUAUAUGGAUUUAAGGUCAUUUAUAAACAAGAAUAGUUUUACAUUCCUAAUCCUGUUAUUUUUACCACAAUUGAUCAUUGUAUGACUAUUUUAUAUUUCCUUUGUUUAAGUUUUAUUGGGACAGAGCUGAAAAAAAGUCCUGUUUACUGUUAUAACUAACUUAUUUUUGCUUUCUUUUACCUGGCGGUGACCUGAAUGAAGUAAAAGGUACACGCACAACUCAUGUGCAGAUCAAUAUGCAUCAAAGUGACCGAUAAGAACUUAAACCUUGGCUUUCUGACUUUUAUAUUCAAUCAGUUAUGAUCGAGAUCCUCGACUGUGUUUACACAGAAAACAGAAUUUCCAGAGUGCUGUUGAAAAUAAAGAACAUACUGUUUUAUGAAGAAAACAUGAUCACUUUUUAUUUGAAUUUCUUCUUUGUGCCGUGAUGCACUAAAAGAUAUUCCAACAGAUGACAAGUCGGGACUGUAGGUAGGCCAGUUUGGCAUCAGGAAUCUUCUACUACAGAGCCACGCUCUUGCAACAUGUGCAAGAUGGAGUUUGGCAUUGUUUCAUUUUUUUUUUUUAAAUCAUUUUUCAUCAUCCCCGUUUGAACCUCUCUGAAAUGUGUUGACUUAAAAAACAAACCGAGUAUAUUCUUCCCAGAACUGUAACCCUUUUCAGUUUUACUGCCUUACUUGUUGUCUUUGCAUUAUUUUGUAAAAUUUAUCCUCAUUUUACACAGUGUCUCAACCCUCCUGUAAGUAGUGUUGUUGAUAAUCCAGCGGUGUAAAGUCUAACAGAAGAGCUGCUUUCACAGGACAGACAAAAGACAGUGUAGUGACUCCUUCACUUACCUGCAACAACCAGAUUGAAGCUCUUUGGCUUCCCCCAGAGUAAUUCAUCCCCUCUCUUCAGAGAGAUUUCAAACGCCCGCGAAUCAUCCUGGCUGAUUCUUUCAAUCUUUACUGAGCAGUCUCCAUCUGCGAUCCUCCCGAAGAGGGACGACCGGCCUUGAAAAUCCCUGCUCACUUGGUCUCUGUCCUCACUGUUAUAAGCGGUGCUGCGGAGAGAAAAGUAGUGACCGCCACCUCUGAACCUUAGCCGGACGUCCACUCUCUCCCUUCUCCCCCUGAAGGGGUGAGGAGCUGGAGGGGUGAAAGAGCAGGGAAUCACCACACAGGAGCCUGCCUGUGCUUGGACACGGUCUGGGACUGAGGGCACAGGAGAGACAGCCUGGACCGUCCUCCAUGAGGCUGCAGCUGUGGUUGAGAGUAAAAAAAAUCAAUCUCUACACUGUAAAGCUAAUUAUCAAGUGAUCCAGCAACUUCAACUUGACCUGUAUUCAUUCAUAGACACUCGGCCAAACGCACGACAUUUAAGAUAGUGUCUUUCUCUUGCAAACUACAGAGCUCUUUCAUUCUCUUAUGGAGGUUUUAUUGAACAACCGUGCAGCUUUUUGAAACUUCAAAUAUCAUCGUGAAAAAAUUUAUAUCAGCUAAAAUUUGCAUGAAACUGUUAAAUUUCUUUGCACCGUCUGCAAAUACAUAGUAUGACCUAAAAGGGUUUCACAACAGGUUUAUAUUUGGAAUGAGGAAGAGAGCAGACUGCAUCUGUUACACUUCACUUAACUCAUAAUAUGACAAAACUAUCUUGCUUUAAACAGUUGCACGUGUACUUUAAGAUUUUCACUCACUUUAAAGGAGAAAAUAUAUGAAAAAUUAUGAGCUGCAAUGAAAAGCAAAGUACAAUCGAUCUUUUAAUACAGUAAAGAUACGAGGUAUAACGAGUCAUUGUAUUAUAAAGUAAAUUAUUAUAGCUACUAUAGAAUUAUCUUGCAGUUUAUACAUAAAUCAGAAGCAAAUUUAUUUCCAAUAAUCAUUAAAUGUCAAAUUACUCACCUAGAACCAGAAGACACAUAAGAAAGACGGUGUCCACAUGCAUGACUGCAACCCUGCUCUGGCAGUGCAGACAGAGGGAAGGAUGAGCAGAGGGAGAAAAGAGGGGGAAGUUGGAGUGUUUCAUUGUGACUUCAUUACGAAGCUUCCCCAUACUUUUCCAGUCCUCAUUGUUUAUCAUGUUUGUUCAUCUUACUAAGAUCUUGAAUCUCAAAAUGUUAUUUUAAGACAGCAAUCAUAGGUCCAAACCCCUGCAGUGAUCAUGUUUUAAAAGAUUCAUAUCUUAAUUCAGAUGGUAGACACACAGUUUUCCAGGGAGGGAGAAAUACCUCAGCAUGUAUCUCUGAGACAACACAUGAUGGUGAGUGAGUCAUUCUCAUGCUGUUGGCCAUUUCCUAAAAGUCCCAACAAAUAUGUGUUCUUCUCAGAGCCUAAACUGUCUCUCCUUUUUAUCAUUAUAUUAGAGGUAGAAAUAAAAGUUACACAGAAAGUUAAAAAGUUAAUAUUUAACUCCUGACGCUGAUUUAUUGGUACUCGAUUGACCGUAAAUAUCAGAGUGAAGAUUGGAAGUUAAUUUGGAGAAUGGUGUGUUUACCAGUUCAUAUUUAAUCAAAACCCUUAUUUGUACCAGACUUUGAUCUGUCUUCACAAAGUGUGUUACAGGGAUUGUUAUCGGGCAAGAAACUGAUGUGUGUCUGCAAGUUCAAACGAAACCGGUUCAUUUGGGGCCGAGACAAACACUUACACACUUUGAACUAUGGACCCUGAGAAUUGUGUCUGAAUUGCUGCAGCUGCAGUGCUCCUCCUCCUCCCUGAACUUUAAAACAGGACAUGACAAACCUAUUCUGCCACAGGUCAUGCUUUCGAUGGCAAAACUAAACCAGAGGGAUGUGACAGAGCACAUUAUUAUAGUAUUUCUUUAAGGUAGGAACUAAAACCAAUCAGGGUGCAAGAAGUUGUGCAGGACUCCUGGUGGAUUUUCUGUGCUGUUAUCAAGCUGUGCUCCUGGACGACAUCUGAGGAUCAUUACAGAGUUAUUUGCAUGAAAUCUUGAUGGUUUCUUUUUCUCUUGCAACAGCAUUUCUGAAGCCAUGACCUCAGCUCAACAGCUGAUCCAGUCCCACAGAGAUUUGCUGCUGAACUGGACUCGAGAUCACCCAGCCCCCUUGCUGCGAUGGCUGCGUGAUGAUGGGGUGCUCUCCUAUGCCCAAUACCUGUCUCUGCUGGAGAAAUCUUCCGCCAAUGCAGUGGCCCAGACUCUGGAGACGGUGUGUGCCACAGAGGAGAGCAGCCUCAAGUUCCUGCAGGUGCUGAAGGAGGUGCAGGAGUAUUACUGUAAGGAUCUGCAGGUCUGGGUGGAGAGACACUGCAGAAAUGAUGCCAUCAGUAAGCCUGAGUCAACACCUGUACAAGUCGGAGGUGAGCUAGAAAAAUAUACUUGCAUCAUCAUUCUGCAAACGUCUCUAUUAUUAAGUAUUUGAAGGUCAUUGUAAGUUAUACAAAGUUUUUUUAAAGAAGCUACAAACUCGAAAGCUUCAGACAAUCAAGUUUUACAGCCGGAGUAACAAAGAGAUGAGAAAAUAAUUAACAGGGUGCCAUACAGUGUAAGAUUGUUGGCUUUGACGACAGUGGUGGUAAUGUCUGUUACACAGAGUGAAAUAUUUCAUCAAUGUCAGAGGGGUUGUUAUUUUAAAUCAAUGAUUAGAGGAGGAGAUUUAUUACAUCUGUUGUUCCUCUGACUAGACCUUUACCCUUUCUGUUGAUUUGACAACGUCUGACUCUAGUUAAUCCUGCUCUAGUUUUUAUGAUCUCCUGACUUGCCUUGUAGCGCCAACAUCGGGCCAAACUGUAAAAAUAUCUCUUUGAACAAAAUACCUCCAAAGCUAUGGUUUUAAUUUUGAAAAACAUGCUUAGCACUAUGUGAAGGUAGUAACUAUUAGGGGUGGGAAUCAUCAGUGAUGCCAGGAUACGUUAUUAUCACGAUACUUGAGCCGCGAUAUGAUGUUAUUGCCAUUUUUAACAUUUUGCAAUACAGUGAGUAUUGUGAUAUAAUUGUAUAAAUAUUGCGAUUUAUACAAUUUUUUAACUGUUUAGCCAAUUUAGCAUUUGUCUUUCCUUUGCAUUUGUCUUAUUACACUGUAAUUUAUCUUCAUGUAGCACAUCUUACAAACCUCAUACGUCAGGUCCAUCUCAUUUGUGCCCUGCUCGCAUUCCCAAUGUCGUUCCCCAGGUGAUGCUAUAUUUGUUGUACUAACUUUCUUCUGCUCUAUGAUGUCACCUCUGCCAACCUCACUGGAUAAACAGUUGAUUUCAUUUUUGCAUUAUCACAGAUUUGACUUCAUAUUAACAAUUAAUUUGAAAAAAAUCGAUACUUGGUAAAUGAGGCGGUACGAUAUAUCACCAGACAAAAUAUCGUGAUAAUAUGCUGUAUGGAUUUUUUCAGAGCCCCUAUCAUAGCUACAGACUGUAUUUAGUGUCUUUGUCUUGUUUUUGAGCACAGUAAGUUACAUGUUCAGGCAAUAAAGUUAUGUGAAUACAAUCAAAAUGUUGUCAAGUUAACAUAUUUUGUGAUAUCCUCAGGAAAGAAGCCUAAAGGCCUAUUUGGAGGGCUGUUUGCCGGGAAAAGCAAAAGCUACACCUUGACUUCUGAAGUUACUGGUAUGGAUUUACAUCUUUUAAAACUGUUGUUAAAAAUGCUUGUCAAAUUCCAGUGUUUCGAAAGUGCACUUAAAGAUACAAAUAUCUUCAUAUCCAGCAAAAGAAAAACUGAAAGCUUCCAGGAGGAGUAAAGUGGCCAACAUCCGAGGUAUGUAAGUGUGAAACGUAAGCCAAGAAUUACAGUAAGCCAAAAUAAAUUCUAAUAGAAAUUUUUUUUCUCUCGUUGCAGCUGCCAACAUCCGAGGUAUGUAGGUGUGAGAGGUAAGCUAAGAAUGAGAGUAAGCCAAAAUAAAUUCUGAUAGGAAAAUCCUUUCUCCUGUUGCAGCUGCCAUUUCUGCUCAUAAAACAACCAUACUCAAACGCACAGGGCAGCUAAAGUGUUACUCAGAGGGUGAAGGACCGGCCUCAAACUCAGCCUCUCACAUUGAGAUCCGCUACACAGAACUUUUUGUGACGGAAGAUGAUGAAUUUGUUGACAGCAGCCAACAUGAGUACUUUGACUUGGCGAGCAGGCGAGCCCGCAUCUACGUCCAUCAAUCUUGCCAGCGCAUCCGACUGUGCAAUCUACUGAGUUCCCCAGAAGGAACUGAAAAGAUCCUCAGAGUUAAAGUGAAGGGGAUCGCCGGUAUUGGAAAGAGUGUUGCAGUACAAAGACUACUCUAUGAGUGGGCGAUCGGGAAGAACAUGAGUGAGUUCACCUGCCUCUUUGACCUGCGCUUCAGAGAGCUUAACCUGAUAGAGGAACCACUGAGCUUGUUGGAGCUACUUGGAGAACGGUUUCGCUACCUGAAGGAAGCACUCCCCAACCUUUUUUCUACACCCAGCUCUUUGCUCUUCAUUUUGGACGGACUCGAUGAGUUCAAAUUCCCCUUGGACUGGUCCAGGCCCCGCAAAGACAUUGGUAUCGAGUCAAAGGUGCCAAUAUCUGAGCUGAUGGUGGCUUUAAUCACAGGAACCCUUCUCAAAGGAGCAUCUGUCAUUCUCACCACAAGACCAUCAACUGAAGCUCCCAAAGAUGUCUUCCACAGAUGUUGUGUUGUAUUAGGUUUUGAAGAGGACCAAGUGAAGGAAUAUACCAACAGGUUUUACAAAGACAGUCAAGUUGCAGACAGAGUUUAUGAGUACAUCUUGAACAAUGACAACAUUUUCGUGCUGUCUUUUAUUCCUCUUUAUUGCUACAUCAUCUGCACAGCCAUGGUGGAGUUCUUCUCAAAAGAAAACCAAGAUAUUGGUGACUCAGAGUCUCUGCAGCUCAACCCGCCCAGAACAGUCAGUGAGGUUUACUUCUGCUACCUGUUUACUGCAGUCAAGCAUCACGCACUGAGGGGGAAUGCAGAGAGAAACACCCCAAGAUCUGAGAUCCUCUCUUUAGUUAAGCAACAACUAAUAAACCUUGGAAAACUGGCUUAUGAAAACCUUCUACAGAAGAAGAUCAUCUUCCAAAGUUCAGAUUUGGAAAAGUAUGGUGUCACCCCUGCUGAUCUUCAGAGCACUUUCCUCUGUAACGUCCUUCAACCAAUCAAAGAGGAAACAGGAGAGAUGUUUUCCUUCUUCCACUUGACUGUUCAAGAGCAUCUGGCUGCGGUUUACUGUGCAAUCCAUCUCUCCAGCCAGGAUGACAUAAUCCAAGCUCUGGACUUCUGGUGCACUGAGAAACACCCAACCUCCUCCAUAACAGCACCCCUGUGUGACCACAGCCUCAACAUGGACAAGGUGGAGGGCCUCCAGAUGUUUACGCGCUUCUUUAUGGGAACGCUCCGAGCUCGACUGGCAGGUCAGCUGGACGGGCUUGUUCUUACACCCAUGGAGGAAGAGGACGGAAUCUCAGCCAGGUUGGGUUUGUGGUUCAGAGACCAGUUCAAAGGCAAAAGACUGGAGAACCAGACGGCUCUGAAUCUUCUCCACUGCCUGAUGGAAUUCCACAAUAAGGAAACCUCCAGCAUGGUGGCACCAGAGAUCAAAACGCUCUACCUGUUUAAAAUGAAGUUGAGUGUUGUGGACUGUGCAGCCAUGCACUAUGUCCUGCAGUUCUCCCUGCACAAGCUGAAGGAGCUCAAUGUGGGCUACUCAAACAUCGGAAACAGAGGGUUGACCAGGCUCGGUCCGAUUUUACAUCGCUGUGAAUCUCUCUAGUGAGUAACUGGUUUUAUAUCAAACUGUCAGUGUUACCUUUUUAAUACAGGGCGCUUGAAAAGGGCUGUACAUGGAUUUAUGUGGAGUGUGUAGGGUUUGCAUGUUCCCAUUCUUGUACUUGUUUCAUGUGCUCAACCUCACAUUUCAUCUCAUCUUUUUUUAUUUUAGUUUGAGAUACAACUGCCUGGAUAAACAAGCAGCUCGUCUCGAAUCUACAGUUUUGAAGUCAAACAAGUGCCAAGUAAAAAAACUCUUGUAAGUCACGAAAUUAUAUACGGCAACUUUCAUGACACUUAAAAACUUCGACAGAAUCCAGAGUUCGGGAUGUAAAAGCACUUCAGGGGACAUAUUAUAUACAGUUAGCGUUUUCCUUUUUGUAGCUCAUCCCAUUUUCUAUCAGUACCACCCAGCUGUACAGUGAUGUAAUACAACCCUAAUUCCUGAGAAGUUUAAAAUGUUGUUUAAAUCACAACACAACAGCAGGACUCUUUAGUAGAAGAGUCCAGGAACUGAAACUGAAACUGAAACGGCCAUAAUCUUGUUCAUAAAAAUUAAAGUUCUUCAAUUUCAAAUAUUUAUAUGUUGUCUUUGCACUAUUUUAAAUCAAGUACAGAGUUUAAAUGAUUAAUGAACUAUCACAUAGUUUUUAUUUAUAUCGUUUAUUUGAUCUAUAUUACACAUUAUGUGCAUCAAUACAACUUUUUCCAACUGUGGUUUCUGGUGAUAUGAUAAACAAAUUCACAUUUUUGACACAUAAAAGGGACAAAACUCAACCCAACAAUAACAAGAUAUUUGAGCACAUUUUAAGUGUUUGUUGACAGUGUUUAUGACAGGGCUUAUGCUGCAAAGCGGGCUGUUUUUCAUACAGUCAGCUGUUGCCCCAGUUCUUUUGGGAAAUUGAUUCUGUGUUUUUCACGACUUUCUAAGAUUGGCAUGUUAUUGCUGGCUCUAAAUAUCUAAACACAUGUCAUGAAGACACUUUAAUGAACCCUUUCUUCCACCAACACAUACAGCAUGUGUGGCAAUAACCUGGGUCCAGAGGGAGUCUUGGAGCUGUGGAAAGCACUGGAGCACAACACUACCGUGGAGGAACUCUAUCUAGACAUUACCGGCAUCACAGAGCAAGGAACUGAAAACAUUGUCAAGUGCCUCAGCAAAAACACUUCUCUGAAGACGCUGACGUAAGAUUACAACACAUUUGUUUCUGCCAAGUAGAGCUGACAUCUUGUGUAAGUAAAGUCUUGUCACAAAGAAAAUUGACAACUAUCUCCUGCUUUUUCCAUCCUUUCCAGGAUCGUCGGAAAUGACAUUGGAGAGGUAGGAAGGAGGAGGCUGAAGGAGUUGGAGCAAAAUCGACCGGGGCUAUGCAUUAUUGCAAACUUUGUGGAUGACCUUGGAUUACUGCAGGCCUACCUAGACUGGGUAGAGGAGAUACGGGUGGACAGAGACCAGAUGGACUCGGUGAAGAACGCAGACGCCCUGCAGUCAGUUCUGAAGGGACUCCAGGUGGCAGGAGGGCGGGCGGCGAAAAGAGAGAAUGCAGAGAAAGCCAAGGAGCUUGAGACAAAGAUUUUGGAUUUGUUGAAGUCUCAUACGAACCUGAUUGGAGGGAGAUAA